AGGCGAAAGCAACGACAAUUGGAUAAACUGCAGACCAGUUUUUCGGCGCGGUUCUCCGACUUUACGACUGAUCGACGAAUAGAUCGCGCUACGCGGCGGACGAUUUCUGCAGGAGCACUAAAAUCUCUACAACACCAUGCCAAUGGAUAUCGACAUGAGCCGACGGAACAAAACCCCCCGACCUCUAACGGAUUCGGAGCGGGCUCGGCUUGAAGAGUUUAUCGAUGCUAUUCGGUACUCAGAAAGGUACCACGACGAUGAAUACGAGUAUCGCCAUGUCCAGCUGCCAAAGUUGAUGCUCAAAGCGAUUCCUAAAGAAUACCAUGACUCUGCCAAGGGCACGUUAAAGCUUCUUUGGGAGGAAGAAUGGAGGGCCAUGGGAAUGACACAGAGUCUCGGCUGGGAGCACUACGAAGUUCAUGAGCCGGAGCCGCAUAUUCUCCUUUUCAAGCGACCUCUCGACUAUCAACCUCCGCAGUGAACCCAUGCGCGAACAGGCCGUCGCUCAAACUGUAUAUGAUAACCUUGAAUUUUCCGCGUCGGCUGAUGAUGCAUCAAGAGUCCCUUUGUUUAAUGUCCCAUUA